AUGCAACACUUGGCAAUCUUUUUCAUGCUCAUUGGAAGCAUUGUUGCUUCACUCAUUGGCCCUCCUCCACCAUCAAAAGACGACUUUUACACACCACCUGCAGGAUAUGAAAGUAAACCCAACGGUGCUAUUUUGAAACACAGAAACGCGCCAGCUAAGCUUACCGCUGUUUUUGGAGGUUCGGUUAAUGUUCAAAACUUUUGGCAGAUUUUGGUCAAAUCUGAAGAUAUUCAUGGUAAUCCCCAAGCUGUUGCCGCUGCUAUCAUUGAGCCAUACAAUGCAUCUCGUGACAAAGUGGUUUCUUAUCAAACAUUUGAAGAUGCAAGCAACAUCGAUUGUGCACCAACUUAUUCUAUGUUACAAGGUGCUAAUGUUAGAACUAUUCUCACUAGUGAAGAAGUGUUUUGGUUUACUCCAUUGUUGGAUCAAGGUUAUUAUGUUGUCAUUCCUGAUUAUGAAGGUCCGCAAGCUCUUUUCACCGUUGGUUGGCAAGCAGCUAAGGGUGUUUUGGACAGUGUCAGGGGCGCAUUGAAUUCAGGAAGCUUCAGUGGAAUUGCCUCUAAUGCAUCUGUUGCUUUGUGGGGGUACUCUGGUGGUGCUCUUUCUUCAGGAUGGGCAAUUGCAGCUCAACACUUGUAUGCCCCUGACUUGGACAGCAGAAUUAUUGGUGCUGCUUUCGGUGGAUUUGUCACCAACAUCACAGCCGUUGCCGAUGUAGCUAAUGGUGCACAAUGGGCCGGUCUUAUUGGUAAUGCUAUUGCCGGUAUUGAAAAAGUUUACCCACAAGUCACAGACUACUUGAACACUUACAGAACCAACCUUAACGACAUUGAGGUCAAUAAUCUUCCAAAUUACUGUUUGUUGGACUCUUACUUGCUUUUCGAAAACCGUACUUUCUUUGGAAACGAUGACAGAUCAGUCUACCAAGGGGGUAUUGACAUUGUUAACCAGGAACCACUCAAGUCAGUUUUGGAAGAGAUUGGAUUGGAAUAUCAAAACUCCACUAUUUUACCUCAUGCUCCAGUGUUUAUCUACCAUGGUAGACGUGAUGAUAUUGUUCCCUUUGCAGAUGUUGAAAGAGUUUACAACAAUUGGUGCGAUUGGGGUAUUGAGUCUUUGGAAUUGGCUAUUGAUGAGACUUAUAUGCACUCAGAAGAGCUUUAUGUUGGCGCUCCUGCUGCUAUUGCUUGGCUUACAAAGCGUUUUGAAGGUGCCGCACCAGUUAAAGGUUGUUCCAAGCAAUCAUACUCCAACACUCUUAACUACCCUAAUGUCGAGGAUUCAUUGAAGAAGUACUUCACUGGUGUUAUGAACGAUUUACAUGGAUCUCCACUUGGUCCAAAUGCUAAAUCAGCAAAUGACGUCUCCCAAAACCUUCAACGCAUCCGUCCAUCUAACCCAUGGCAAUGA